CACCCUCAGACCUGAUGUGCCCUCUCCUUGCCCGCGUCCGAAUCAUCCUUCCCUUGUCCAACUUGGCACUGUAGCGUCGAAGUAAGAGCCCUGGAACACUUGAAGACUGAGGCUGCGCAACUCCACCCCCGUCUCUGAAGAUCCUCGAAUUCAUUUCAUAGACACGAUCUUCACAAAUAUCGUCACCGACUGCCCUUCCUUGCCCCGCAUCAAUGGCGACCGCAACAAUGAGCUCAAAUGCGGCCACAACGUCCAGCGCAAGCGCGCCCGAGAUUCACAGCAGGCACACGAUGGCCUCGAAUGGAUUGAUCCCAUCUUCCUCGCUGGAUGCGAUUCUAGCAUCCUCGCCACGCCACGCCUCCCCCGACACGCUUGCAUUGACAAGCUCCCCAAACUUCGCAGAUCUUCCGUCGUCUGGAAGCAACACAGAGCCAUCUACGGAACCCGACCCGCAGAUCAUUGAGGCUCUAGGAAGCAAAGAUCGACUUUACGUACUCAAACUCGGUGAACAGAUGGAGGGUCUCAUCUCUGAACGAGGAAUGCGGAUCACACUGAGCCCGUCAACCACCUACCAACGGAUGCUAGUUCACCGAUGCUCUGCUUAUUACAAGCUUCAACCCGAGGCCGAUACCGCAACUAAAGGCAUAGCGGUCUAUUAUCGUACCGAAAGCCGAAUUCCUACUCGUAGAAUCUGCGAACUCGUUCCAUUAGAGGAGGCUGCACAGCCAACCAUCAAAAUCAUGAGGCGAAGCACCAACGAAGCACCGAAGAGUCGACAGAACUCACAAGCAGGAUCUGUCGCCGGCGAGGAGGCCGACUCCUCGGACGUGGAUGAAGCUGGCAGCAUUGUCAGCGUCCGAAGUGGGCGUAGCGCUGCUACAGGCGGCAGCGCGAAGCGACAUCCCACGCUCGAGGAACGAGAGGCAGCGUACAACGAAGCGCGCUCACGGAUCUUCAUGGGCUUCGAGGAGAAGGAAAAGGAAAAGGAAAAGGACAUGAGCGCAAACUCAUCGACCUUCAGUCUUGUAUCUGGCUCUGCAUCCACCAGCGGCGGAGAGCGCGGCAGCAGCAUCGGCGAUCUGGACGAUUCCGUCAGCUCCGCCGCGACAGAGAGCGAAUGGUCAGGGCCCGUUACUCGCGACAAGCGCGACGGUCGGCGAGGUGGAUCCGCAGGUUCAUCGUCUCGAUCUCUCAGAUCAUCGAACACGUCGUACCAAGCGAAUGGGUCGGGCAGCUCACGCGAUUCAAGAGCCACGUCACCCUCAUUCACGUAUGCGUCUAUUUACGAGCCGCCGCCUGCGGAAGUCCCGUACGGCGCUGCUCCGACAGGCUACAUGCCUCCCUACAUGUAUCCCUAUGGUCCUGCUCCUGGGCAUAUGCCUACUUCACCGCCAUACGGUUACCCUUACUACAUGCCCUAUGGGUAUCAGCCUCCUCCGCCCGAUCCAUCGAAUCCUCCGGCAAACGAAGCCAUGUACCCGCCUCAGAACCCUCCUCCACAUAUGGGCUACUUGCCCCCGUAUGGGUGGUCGCAGGCACCGCAGGCCCAGGCCUACCCCCCGCCGCCUGCCUCACAACCUCAGAGCCCCGGAAACGGCGGACUCACCCUCCCUCCCCAUGCUCCUCAGUCAUCUUCCCCUCAGCAGCAGAACGUCCCGCCGCCACCGCCGCCUUAUGCAAACUACUUCACGCCUCAUCAAUACAAUCCUUACGCGACGUACCCCCCUCCGAUGGCGUACCAACCCCCAGGCCAAUAUCCACCACCGCCUUCGCAGUUGUAUGUGCCCGACAUGACUGCGAACGGGUCUGGCUACAUGAACGGCGGUGGAAGCGGAACUGGCAGUAGUAACCAUAGCCGCGCGUCGUCUCGGAGCAGUCAUCAUGGCACGAACAAGCGCGGUGCCCCCCGAGCGCGAGCAUCGUGGAGUUAUGGUCCCGGUGCUGGGAACAACGGAUACACGUACAACUUGAGUAGCAUCGGCAAUGGCAUGGGAGCGAGCGAGACGGUCGGACCAAGGUUAAGCUCUUCUACCAGGAGAAUCUCGGCGACCUCAAGCGCCAGCGGGAGUGCUGGGGUCAGAACCCCCGGUGACGAAGCUUCUUCGACUACAUCUUCCUCCACAACGUCUUCGCGAACAACGUACACCUCAACAUCCUCAAAGCAUCCCCUUCCACCGAGACCAGAUUGGGCAGUCGGGUUGAAGGCGGAGCCAGUCUUGCAUGCACGGCACCACCACGACCACAGCAAUGCGAACUCGCGGAACAUGUCUCCCGCGCGGCUCGGAGGGCAGAACCAACAUCAGUCACAGCCCGUCCUUCAACCCAACGAUUUCCCACCGCUCUCCUCGGCACCCGAACGCCGCACACCUGCCGUCGCCGGAGCCUGGACGAACGCAUCGUCCACGCGAUCUAUCAUAAUGGCGGGCGCGCAAGGGAAUCCUGCCCCACAGGGUACCGCACUCGUGCAUUAUCCCAACUCACAGCAGCCUUCUGGCACCCCGCUUGUGGAGGCCCACGAGCCCGGCUUCGACCGGCCGCCGCCCAAGGUCAGUGCGGAGCUUUUCAACCCCAAGGGCACGCCUCGGAUGUCUGCGCCCGCGCGAAUGGGCUCUGGAGAGACGGAGGACACCCCCAAGCAAAAGGGAAUGGGUCAGGGAGAUGCUGCUUGCGUGGAUGCUCUGGCGCAGAAGGUUGCGUCCAUCUCCCUUGAGGAGUGCCCGGCUGAGGUCGAGGGUGCCCUCGCUGCUGCCCAGAACGGCGUAUCGGCCCCCUCAUCGGCGGCUGGAGCUGAGGGUCCCGAGAAUGCGGGUGGGUCAUAGGUGUAUACAUCGCUCUUAACGUGUCGCAUAGCUAUCGGGACGCUCUGAUUUGGCUGUCGCAUUGUAAUUGUCUGGUUGACUGGUGUAUUGCGAGUACGUUAUAGCGCCGCGUGCAUCACUCACUGUUGUACUUUCGCAUAUCUUGACCGCAACUUAGAAUACAGCCACGUAAUGAACAAUGUGCAUGUAU